ACCUUUGUUGCAUAAAUCCCCUCAAAGCAUGGGCGACUUUUCCAUCACCAUAACUUUCAUCUCUUUCAUUUUACUCUUCCUAACUCGCUACCACCAACUCGUUCAUGCCGAUCCACCAACUCUUGUACCUCCUUACUCCUGUGACACCUCAAACCCACGUACAAAAUUAUUUCCCUUUUGCAAUCUCAACCUUACCAUCACUCAAAGAGCCAAAGACAUCGUAUCACGGCUCACAUUGGAUGAGAAAGUCUCCCAACUCGUUAACACAGCUCCUGCCAUUCCUCGACUCGAUAUACCGAGUUACCAAUGGUGGAAUGAAGCUUUGCAUGGUGUUUCUUAUGUUGGUAUGGGGAUAAUAUUGAAUGGUAGUAUUCCAGCUGCAACUAGUUUCCCUCAAGUUAUUCUUACUGCUGCUUCUUUUGAUCCCAAACUUUGGUACCAAAUCAGUAAGGUGAUUGGAACUGAGGCUAGAGGAGUAUACAAUGCUGGACAAGCCCAAGGGAUGAAUUUUUGGGCACCAAACAUAAACAUAUUCAGGGACCCAAGAUGGGGAAGAGGACAAGAAACAGCUGGUGAAGAUCCUUUGGUAAAUUCAAAGUAUGGUGUUUCCUAUGUGAGAGGACUUCAAGGUGAUUCCUUUGAAGGUGGGAAACUGAUUGGAGGUCGUCUUAAAGCUUCUGCUUGUUGCAAACACUUUACUGCCUAUGAUUUGGAAAAUUGGAAGGGUGUGAAUCGUUAUGUUUUUGAUGCCAAAGUUACUUUGCAAGAUUUAGCGGAUACGUAUCAACCCUCAUUUCAUAGUUGCGUAGUACAAGGACGAUCCAGUGGAAUAAUGUGUGCUUACAAUCGUGUCAAUGGAGUUCCAAACUGUGCAGAUUACAAUCUUUUAACCAAUACGGCAAGGAAAAAAUGGAAUUUCAAUGGGUAUAUUGCGUCGGAUUGUGACGCAGUUCGAUUCAUAUAUGAAAAACAAGGUUAUGCAAAAACACCAGAGGAUGUUGUAGCCGAUGUACUUCGAGCUGGGAUGGAUUUAGAGUGUGGUAACUACAUGACAAAGCAUGCAAAGUCAGCAGUAUUACAAAAAAAAAUUCCUAUAUCUCAAAUCGACCGUGCCCUACACAAUCUGUUUACCAUUAGAAUAAGACUAGGCUUGUUUGAUGGGAAUCCAACAAAACUCCAAUAUGGCAGAAUUGGUCCAAAUCAAGUAUGCUCUAAAGAAAACCUAGACCUUGCUCUAGAAGCUGCAAGAAGUGGCAUUGUACUUUUGAAAAACACUGCCUCAAUUCUCCCACUUCCAAGAGUGAAUACCCUUGGAGUUAUAGGCCCUAAUGCCAAUAAAUCAUCAAUAGUUCUUUUAGGAAACUAUAUUGGUCCUCCUUGUAAAAAUGUAUCAAUCUUAAAAGGCUUUUACACUUAUGCAAGCCAGACACAUUAUCAUUCUGGAUGUACUGAUGGAACAAAGUGUGCUUCAGCCGAAAUUGACCGAGCAGUUGAAGUUGCUAAAAUAAGUGAUUAUGUUAUUUUGGUUAUGGGAUUAGACCAAAGUCAAGAGACGGAAACACUUGAUAGAGAUCAUUUAGAGUUGCCUGGUAAGCAACAGAAACUUAUUAACAGUGUUGCGAAAGCUUCUAAGAAGCCUGUUAUUUUGGUGCUUUUGUGCGGUGGUCCUGUUGAUAUUACUUUUGCUAAGAAUAAUGACAAAAUUGGAGGGAUUAUUUGGGCUGGUUAUCCUGGUGAACUUGGUGGAAGGGCUCUUGCUCAGGUUGUGUUUGGUGACUAUAACCCAGUGUUACUGUACGCAGUCAAGUUACAUCGGGAGAUUGGACGGUUCAAAUUUCAAUGACGAUUUUGAUUUUUUUAAA